AUGGUGCUGCCGAAAGCCUGCGCCGUCCUCGCCCGUCGCUCCGCCCGCGGCAUGCCACGAUUACGUACUCCCAUUCGUACAGCGAUGUAUUCAUCACAGGUCGAUGGCCAAUCGUCUAGUCUGCGCAAGAUCUUCGAUGCUGUCGCAACCGGCAAGGUGUCAGUGUCGAAAGCUAUGGACGACUGGAAUGCAUUGGAAUACGACGUUCUCGAAGACUUUGCCAAGCUGGAUGGGCAACGCGCGGCGCGGACGGGAUUCCCUGAAGUCGUGUAUAGCGAAGGCAAGACCACGGACCAAGUGACAACCAUCCUCGUGGCGAUGAAAAAGACAAACGAAAUCGUUCUGGCUACCCGUGUGAGCGCAGAUGUCGCUGCUCUGGUCAAGGCGCAUGCGGAUUUGACGGACAUCCACUACUUCCCCACAGCCCGCGUGCUCUCUUUGCACCCCAAGCCCACCACUCCAGCGACCUCCCAGGUGGUGUGUGUCCUGUGUGCGGGCACGUCGGACCUACCCGUCGCGGAAGAAGCCGCCGUGACGCUAGAAUUAGCGGGUGUCCACGUCCAGCGCAUUUACGACGUGGGCGUUGCCGGCCUCCAUCGGCUGUUGCGGAAUCGCCAAGCCAUUCAAGAUGCAGACGCGAUCAUUGUGGUCGCCGGCAUGGACGGCGCGUUGCCUGGUGUCGUGGGGGGGUUGACCAGCAAACCCAUCGUGGCAGUACCCACCAGCGUUGGGUAUGGGGCGGCCUUUGGGGGACUCGCGCCGCUCUUGACCAUGCUCAACGCAUGCUCUCCAGGCGUCGGCGUCGUGAACAUCGACAAUGGGUUUGGGGCUGCCGUGUUAGCAUACCGCAUCCUCCAUAG